AUGUCAUUUAAUCUGGCUGUUUGUACUCAACCAAAAUGUCGGUACAAUUACGUGCGAGUGUCCGGACCCGAGCUGACUGAAAUAAAGGCCAACACUUUCAUGGAUAUUGUAUUUUCAACAAUUGAGAUUAGCUAUACAAAUCUGGUCCAUAUCCACCCUGAUGCAUUUAUGGAUACGUACAACACUACGGACACACUCUAUAUUAGAAAUAACCCCCAAUUGGAGCCUGAUACAAUAUACAAUGUGAUGAGCAAAUUUACCAACGCUACAUUCAUUGAAGAGUAUCAUAACGCAAAAUUCACCAUGAUGCCCGCAAACGCUUUCUCAAACAGUAAACAAUCAAAAUUAAAACGAUUGCAUAUCUGGUCGUCGGAGACAACUAUAGGCAGUCAUGCAAUCAGUAGUUUAUAUUCAUUGCGAUAUAUUAUGUUUGGCGGUCCAGUCAACCAUAUAAUGGCCAAUGCAUUCGCUAUCGACAGACCCAUGUUUCAUCCGUUUUAUAUGGAGAACGAGUUAAAUACUAUUGAUUUUAAGGGUAAUAAGGGUUUUGAUUGUCAGGACUGUCGAUUUAAUCUGGCUGUUUGUACUCAACCAAAAUGUCCGGAUAAUUACGUGCGAGUGUCCGGACCCGAGCGUAAUACUACCCUAUGGUUGUACGGGUUGUCAAUAUAA